AUGGAACAUGCCACUACUAUAAUUUUUCAACUGGAUACCAGCAUUUUGGAAUUUGCGGGCCGAGAGGCUCAACAAUGCAAAUUCCAAUCUACCUAUGAGUCUGGCACUUUGCACAAGAACACUCGAUUUGACGGAGCUCAUUCCUAUUUUGGAAAUCAUGUGGCAGAUUAUAUAGCACUCAAUGCCUUCCAGUACCGAACCUUUGGGGAGAAAAUUCAAAGCUCCCAUUCCUUCCAGCUACACUAUGCCCUAAACACAUUCUUCUUGUAUCACUCAGGAAGUGAUACGCCCAGCCAUUGUUUUUCCUUUGGAAGUCCAAUUCUUCCCAAAGAUGCACGUGACAUCAAGUCACCUUGUUUGGUUGCCUUUGGACGGUGCAACCACCCUGGACCCUUUGUCCAGGAAUACCAGAAGUUCAUUGCCCCCUCUGAUCUAUUAGCAUCAACCUCUCCUCCUUUUUUCGAGUGCAAGUUUCCAGACUUAGGCAGGGCCAUCGCGCAGCACCAUGCAGCUCUCACUGCCGCCAACCAUGAGGACAGUAAGUUCUCCCCCAGUUCACCAAUCACUGACAUUGGACUUCCAAUGCCUCUGCCAUCUCCUCCACACAUUGGAAGGCAGCCUAUCUCUCCCCUCUCCCUAGGAGAGGGAACUUUAGUCAACAUCAAGACUGAGCCGGUUGGCACAGACUCCCUCCUUCUGCAAGCAUCUGCAGCACCGCAGCAGCAGCAACCUCAACCAUCUACUCCUGAUCUGUUCCCGGUCCCGCAAGUUCCUUCUCAAACUCGCAUGAUUACCUCUCCAGCGCAGGUCACCCUUAUUCCUGCAACUGGGCGAACUGGGCACAUGGAGGCUGGAGAUGUUUCAAGUUUUAAUAGACUUGUUUUUAGUAUGCUAUUUAGACUCUUCUCUCUCCCCACAUCUGACCAGUCCCAAGCAUUCUCAGACACUCACCCUAGCAUCCCAACGGACUCAGGCCGAGCACCAUUUGCACUGGUCCUGCCAACUCGUGCCUCUACACCAUUCUCAGAGCAGCAGCCGCCCUUAAAUCUCAGAGUCCCUGGGACCUCCCAGCUCUUCAUGCACGUUGAGGUGUACGAAUGCUUCCCACCAUCUUCCCCAACCAUGUCCGACUGUUCCUCAUCAGAACUCUCAUCUCCAUUCGUCAUGCUGCUGGAUCCCAACCUACCCAUGUCCAUCGCCGAUCGCAUCAUCAACAGUUCGGACGAGGUCUUCAACGAGCUCAUCUGA